UAAGACUUCACUGGACUAUAUUAGUAUAUUUGCUAAAUGCGGAGUUUUUGUAAAUGUUUAUUAAAACUAUAUAUUUUAAUCCUGACGUAAGAAAGAACAGCAGUUCUGUUUUAUUUAUUUUCCCGCAGUAAUACCAGCCUAAUAAAGCCAGUAACGCUGAUAAUAGUUUAGUAGUGACACGAGUACAUGUGUGUAAUUUGAAGGUUUUGUGCAUACACUCGAGGCAGUCUAACUAAAACUGUGUGUACUGUGUAGGUUGGCCACCUGUCCCUGCUCUCUAUAAUGCCCCAGUGUUUGCAGCAUCUGCAGUGAACGUGAUGGCAGCCCAGCCGGUCUCCAUAGAUAAGUACCCAAAGGGAGAGCAGCAGAUGCAAGGUGUGAUAAAGGUAGACAGUGAUACGGAGCAGAAGUUUAUUGAGGAGACGUUGGGAGAGGUGCCCAGCCCGGCCCCAGCAGAGCCGCAGACACCCAUGGACGCUGACAAAGCAUCCAUAUAUCGGCAUCCACUGUUCCCCCUGUUGGCCCUGCUGUUUGAGAAGUGUGAGCAGUCCACGCUCAGCUCUGACUGCAUCACCUCAGCGAGCUUCGAUGUGGAUAUCGAGAACUUUGUCCGCAACCAAGAGAAGGAGGGGAAACCUUUCUUCAGUGAGGACCCCGAACUCGACAACCUGAUGGUGAAAGCCAUCCAGGUGCUGCGGAUCCACCUGCUGGAGCUGGAGAAGGUGAGCGACCUGUGUAAGGACUUUUGCAGCCGCUACAUCGCCUGCCUCAAGACUAAGAUGAACAGUGAGACCCUGCUGAGUGGAGAUCCAGGAAGCCCAUACUCCCCCGUACAAGGCCAGGCCCAGGGCUUCUCACCCACCAAAUCUCAGACCCCCAGCUCCGUCUCAGGGACCAUUAGUCCCCAGGGUCAGAUUGUAGUGCCAGCAUCGGCCCUGCAGCAAGGAAACGUUACCGUGACGGCCGUCAACCCUACCCAGGUGGUCGCAGGUAUGUCACCUUGGUGUGCAGCUCCUCCCUCAGGUGGCACCGUGUACCAGCCAGUCACAGUGGUCACUCCUCAGGGCCAGGUAGUAACACAGGCUCUGUCUCCUGGGACGAUACGCGUCCAGAACAAUCAGCUUCAGCUGCAGUUUCACCAGGACUUGAACCUCUUUGGUCACGAUGACAAUUCAACCAAGAACAAGCGCGGCGUUCUACCAAAACAUGCCACCAAUGUCAUGCGCUCAUGGCUCUUCCAGCACAUCGGGCAUCCAUAUCCGACAGAGGAUGAGAAGAAGCAGAUUGCCACUCAGACAAACCUGACACUUCUGCAGGUCAACAACUGGUUUAUAAAUGCACGGAGACGGAUCCUGCAGCCCAUGCUGGAUGCCAGCUCUUCAGAGACGCCCAAAGCCAAGAAAAAGACCCCACAAAACAGGCCACUGCAGCGCUUCUGGCCUGACUCCAUUGCAGCAGGAGGAGGCACCCCGCAGCAAGUUGCCAUGCCUGAUGGUACGAUGGUGACGAUGAACAUGGAGGGUCUGCAGAGCCUGACGUCAGAUGGCGCCACGCUGGCGGUGCAGCAAGUGAUGCUGGGAGGCCACAGUGAAGAUGAGUCAGGGGACAGCGGCGACGAGGACACUGAUGCAGACAUGGCUGCUCUGGGCCUGGACAAUAGCAACUCCUUGCAGUAGAGGACGCGCUCCCUCACACACAGCGGACACGCAUAAUUAGUCCUCCAGAACACAGGUGCGUCCAGACACCGUUAGAUUUCCACAGAGCACAGGACACACCGGGAGCGAGCCGCACUCCUCCGAGCCUCCACCCUGCUGAACGGCGGUUCAUGCUGCGCGUGCGUGUGUCAUUUCAGAAACCCUUUUUUAAUUCUAUAGAUGAUGUAGGUGAGUGCACUUUUUGUAUAUUUAAGCUAAAAAAUGAAAUCAAACAGAAGAAAAAAAACGUGUUUAUGAACACCUGAAGCAAAUUUCUAUAGUCCGUUAAUAAAUGUUGACUUUCUUUCUGCCCCGCUCCCAGCUGGAUUGUGUUUUUGGAUGCCACCACUUUAGACUUCUGUCUUGUUCUUGUAUCUCUGGUUUGUCUUGACUUUUGCAUGCUUGUGUUUUGAGUAGAUGUGCGUGCUCUUAUGACUGACUCCACGGCUCACACUGCCCCCUGCAGGCAGCACAGCACACGUGGAGAGAUUAAAUUAGAGGAGAGAUGCUUAUUUUUCUAUACAAACGUAUGAAAUGAGUGUUUUGUUUCAUUUUUGUGUUCUCCUGUUUUGUAAGAAAUAUUUAUGUACAGAUUCAUAAUAAAUGCUAGCGACCCUGUUUUCCAGGGUUCUUUUGAAGUUUUCUAAAAAACAGAAAAAGGAAUUGAAUGCUGAUGAAAAUCACUAUUUAAAUUGGUUUGAAGCUUGCGAUCCUAACAAGGCCUUAUCCACGUUCUUUUCUAAAAGAGUCUUACCAAGAAGCACAAAAACAAAGUGUGACCCUUGGAGAAAUUGGUCAGAACGACACUAAACAGUGGGACGGUUGUGGCUCUGUAAAGCAUCAUUAAUGCGUUUCCUUUGUGUACUGCAGCGUCCCACUUACCUGAAGAAAUCCUCUGACACACAAAAGUGACUGCAGUUUUUAAAACACUGCUCCAGCUUUGCCCACAUUGUGUAUACCAUACCUUCUGUCCUUUAACCAUUUUACAGUAGUAACGUAGGCGUCACCUUCUAAAAUGCACAAUCCUGAACACUAUGCUAACCACACAAUCACACGGGGGGGACGAGAACUCCAUCAGCAAGGAGCCGUGGACUUUUGCACGCACUCAGCUUUUAUUUAUGUACACAUUCAUGCUGCUGCAUCGGAUACAGAGCAGCUGGAAACUUCCUACUACUCACUGCCCGCCUGAAGGAAUGAGACUGAGAGCUGCAGCCUCUAUUGAGGACCCCCCAACACACACACACACACACACACACACACACACACACACACACACACACACACAGAAGGAUCUGAAAGCUCUUUCAGUUGGACAUUACUGCACAUAUUGGGGUGCCUCUUGUUUAAAUAACUGUAAUGCUGUACUGUACAACAGUUGUUUCUAAGUAGUUGCAGUAUCCUGGUUUAUAUCCCUCCUGUAAAGUUGAGACUCGGCUAAUUGGCUUCAGCCUGAGGGCUCAAUGACUGUCGGUCCUCGCUGAGCUCUCAGUUUGUCACCUGUUUAGCUUUUUAUGAAGCGUUAUUCACUUUUCUCUUGUACUUUUCUCUUGUCUGUUUUGCCUUAGAGCUUUCUAUUUUGGAAUAAAUGAUGCCUAACUCUC